AUGCUGGCUUCUUAAGCAUUUCAAUUUACCACGCGUAGUGACGUCACCCUGCCCACUCGCUUCUGAUUGGUGAGACCACUUUGUAUGCGCAUGGUCUCACCUUACUUCUUUACACCAUGAGUGGAGACACAUUUUAAGGUUAGGGAAUACGGUGUGUUGGUUACAUCAAGUGGAGUGUGGUGCAGAUUAAGAACAAUUGAGAAUGAAUAAAGUGCUUAAUACAUUAAUUUAUAAAAGAACAAGUCGGGUUCUAUGGCAAGAAAGUAAGAGAUUCGCUGGUCAUAGUAAAUGGGCGAAUAUAAAACACAUAAAGGGUCAGAAAGAUGCUGAAAAGUCGUCGUUAUACUUACAGUAUACAAGAAGAAUGAAAAUUGCUAUUGCAGAAAGUGGAGGUAUUGCAGAUCCUGAGAAAAAUCUAAAGCUUUUGCAAAUAAUAGAGCAGGCAAAAAAGUCGAAUAUGCCAUUGUCUUCGAUAAAUAAUUUUUUAAAAAAACAGGAGAUGGCUAAACAAAAUACUCAAUCGAGUACAGUGGAUAUACGUGGGCCUGCUGGUUCUAUAGUUAUAAUAGAACUUCUCACAGAUAAUAUCAGUCGUGCAAAAAAUGAUAUGAAUGUUUAUAUUAAGAAAUUUAAGAUGUCUUUAGCUGAUCACACAGCAAAAAAUAAUUUUGAUCAUAAAGGUAUUGUUAUCACUAACUUACUUAAUGAUAUUGAUACUGCUACUGAACAUGCUAUUCAAGCUGGAGCUGAAGAUGUUCAGGAAGUUGAAAAUGAAGAUAAGAAAUAUUAUCAGUUUACAUGCGAUCCUGUGCUUUUACAAAAAGUACAGGGUGUCUUAAGCAAUUUGAACUAUCAAAUUUUAUCUGCAGAUGAGGAAUAUGUGCCCAAGAUACAAGUAACUUUAAAUGAGAAUGACAGAAGUCAUGUUGAAAAAUUUGUGACAAAAAUCCGAACUUCGGAAGAAGUUGUUAAAGUACAUGAUAACAUAGCUUAAUUACUGCCAUAGUGAAUUUUCUGUACAUAAUGUAAUUAAAUCAUGAUUUGUUAAGAAUAUGUUGAGUAAGGUACAUCGUAGUACAUAAUAAAGAUAAUGAACAAUACCAA